AUUAUUUCUGCUUAAGAUCUAAAUAGAAUACAAUAAAUAUCGCUGGUUGUUAAUAAUUUGGUGUUUCACGUAUAUCUUCCGUGCAGUAUUUGUCAUUAGUUGAUCAGCUCUCGUAGGCGUCUGAUGUCAAUAUGUCAUUCACAUUUUAUGUUUAUGCCAAUGAAAAAAGUGGACUUCCUAAUAGAGUGGAAGGAAAUCCUCCACUUGUUGUGAGGGGAAGUAAUGAAAGAGGACGUGGUGGAAGUAGACGUGAUGGAAGAGAAAAAAAAUUUGGAGGGUCUUGUAACUUUUGCCAAUUAAGAGGCCACAAGGCGGCAAAUGGUUCUGCUAAAGCUCAGUAUGUUGAAAAAAAAAGUAGACAGCAGCAGCUGCGACUACAACAAAAGAAAAUACAACAAAAAGAACAGCCAGAAAAAGAACAGCCAGAAAAAGAACAGCCAGAAAAAGAACAACAACAAUAUAAUAUGUGA